CAGGCAGUGCUAGUGUCCACGUGCUCAAACAUGGUCACCAUUUCUUUGUUCAAGUCUGUUCUCUCUCGUCUCUCCAUUCCCCCGUCCUCUAGAGUUUGUGUUGGUGUGUCUGGUGGCAGUGACAGCAUUGCUCUCACGUAUUUAGCAAAACAAGUGUUUGGUGAUGGAGUCCUAGCAGUCACUGUUGAUCAUAAUUUAAGAGAAGGAAGUGACAAAGAAGCAAUCAGAGCAAAAGAGAUUGUUGAAAGCCUAGGGGUGGAGCACAAGCUCGUUACAUGGGACUGGUCUGAAAGUGUACCGGAAGGUAGAAUUCAAAGGGUUUGCAGAGAUAGGCGAUUAUUGAAUCUUUUUGAAAUAUGUAACGAUAACAAUAUUGACAUCUUGAUGACCGGACACCACUGGAAUGACCAGAUAGAGACUUUCUUGUAUCGUAUGGCGAGGUUGAGCAGAAUUGGAGGUUUGGCUGGUUUGUCUCAUGUAACAAGAUUUGUUAACAUGCCUGGCAUUAAAGUGAUCAAGCCUCUUCUUGAUUUUAAAAAAGAUUCAUUGGUAGAAUUGUGUAAAGAGAAGAAGUUAGACUGGGUGGAAGAUCCUACAAAUUCCUCUCCUAUAUUUUGGCGUAAUACAAUCAGACUCUUUCUCAAUGACAACCCUCAACUCUACCAAGGGCUCACCGAAUUAAUAAAAACUUGUGGCAAUGCUAAAACCAAAAUGCUACAGGAAGUUCGUCAAGCAGUUAACAAAGGUGUAAAGGUUGACGAAAAUUAUGGUUAUGUAAAAGUUCACUACGAUACUUUUGUUAAUCUUCCUUAUUCGAUAGCAUUGAACCUCCUAUAUGUAAUUCUACAGUUUGUAAGAGGAGAACAUCUUCACCUGUCUACUAAGAAAUUUGAUAGAGUCUACAGAGAGUUCAAAGAUGAUGUCCUUUCUAAGAACAUCAGUUUAGGAUUCUGCAACAUCUUUCAAGAGAAGUCCACCACAAGGCGUUUGCCAUAUUUUUGCGUUGCUCGCUCAAGGGAAAGGAGCACUUUUGAUACUCAGCCAAUAAAACUAGGAGAAACGGUUCACUGGGAUAAUCGGUUUCUCCUUAGUUUGUCGAAACUACCCCCUGACACUCCUGGAGCUGGUUCCCCAAAAGAAGGAGAGGAGUUUUUCAUUAUACCAUGGCGAGAAAGAUUCAAUGCGGAGUUAACUAAAGGCGUGAGAAAAAACCGUGCUUUUGUGUUACCACCACCGAUUGCACGACAAGGACUACCUGUUGUAGUGGACAAGAAGGAUAGAAUCGUGCUCAUACCUCAUUUUAAAGUUAACGAUAGAUCUUAUGGAGUUACGUGUACCUAUCAAUUUAAGCCAAGUAUUGAUCUGUAUGACUGGGUGGAUUGGACACCACUAAUGAUUGAUAAUGCAGAUGAUAAAUAGCAUAUUUUCUCUGUUAACUCCGUACAUAAUAACAUUAUUAUAGUUACGGUUUGUAACUUUGUAUAUAUUUAAGGACAAAACAUAGCUUGUGAAUUU